UCCGGUCUUCCAUAACCCGGGUGAACCAGCCAAAGCCCACAAGCAGUAAAAGCAGUUGUGCACGACUACAGUCUACAGGCAUACAGAGAUAAGAGAGAAUGGGAAGCGCGUGUUCAUGCUUCGACGGCGAGGUUAAGGAGCAGAAAAGAGAGCAGGACCGCUUAGCCUCGGCUGAAGCUCGCGCUAAAGCCGCCGAAGCUGCCCAAAAAAGGCAACAGGAAUUUGACCAGUCUGCUAUAGGGAGAGCUGUCCGUGCACAGGCAGCAAAAGAAAAGCAGUCUGGGAACACUAAUAAGGGUGAACCAGGUCUUAAGUGGCAGAUGGGAUAACCAUUGACCAACAACUAUUCAACAACCAUUUUUUGAAGAAUUUGAUGAUAUAUUGUGGAGUGUGAGCACGUAUUCUGGCAGCUUAAUGAUUUUGAGCAACUGGUGUGGUUUCAGAUGGGGACUAGUGUACAUAAAAAGCCUUUGUUCUCUGUGUUUGUUGUUCUUGAUGUAAAUAUUUCAUUAUGCUCUUUACAUCGUAAAAACUGUUAUCUUGACAAAAUGUAUGGAAAUAUGCAACCGUUGCGUCCAAAACUUAUCUGUUUAUAUUUACUUGUUCAACAUUUGUUUUUUA